AUGGCUAUCACAACGCACUUCACACUUAACACUGGAGCCAAGAUCCCCGCAGUUGGCUUCGGAACUUGGCAGGCCAAGCCUCUGGAGGUUGAGAAUGCGGUUGAGGUCGCACUCAAGCAAGGAUAUCGUCACAUUGAUUGUGCAGCCAUUUAUCGCAACGAGACGGAAGUUGGGGCAGGAAUCAAAAAGUCGGGGGUUCCUCGGGAGGAAAUUUUCAUCACUGGAAAGCUGUGGAAUACCAAACACGCGCCCAAGGAUGUCGUCCCAGCCCUCAAUAAGACCCUCGAGGACCUUGGAGUCGACUAUUUGGACUUAUAUUUGAUGCACUGGCCUGUUGCUUUCAAGGGCGGAGACAAGUGGUUCCCAUUGAAUGAGGAUGGCGUAUUCGAGCUGGCAGAUGUCGAUUACGUUAGCACGUACAAGGAAAUGGAGAAGCUUCUUUCGACUGGAAAAGUCAAGGCCAUCGGUGUUUCCAACUUCAACAUUCGCCGACUCGAGGAGCUAUUGAACCAGGUCUCAGUUGUACCAGCUGCCAACCAAAUCGAGGCCCACCCAUAUUUGCAACAGCCCGAUCUGCUGAAGUUCUGUCAAGACAAGGGCAUUAUUGUGGAAGCAUAUUCUCCCUUGGGUAACAACCAAACUGGGGAGCCUCGUACGGUUGAUGAUCCACUUGUGGGUGAAGUUGCCAAGCAAGUCAGCAUGGACCCUGGCCCUCUUCUUGCCAGCUGGGGUGUGCAGCGCGGAACUGUUGUCCUGUCUAAGAGUGUCACACCCUCUCGCAUUGCCGCCAACCUCCAAGUUCAAACCCUUCCCGACGACGCCUAUGCCAAGCUUACUGGCCUCGAACGUCACAAGCGCUUCAACUUUCCCGCAAACUGGGGCUAUGAUAUUUUUGAAGAAGUCGGUGAUGAGGCAGUUCGCAAAGCUGCUGUUGCAGCAGGACCUGCCAACAAGAUGAAGUUCACUGUUUAG